GCCACCCGGCGGACGUAUGGGCUGUGGUUGGUUUUCCGCAGCAUCCCCGGGAGCUUGUCGGACCUCAGCAUCAGGGAGGUAAACAAGAAGUCUCCGCCGCCUCCUCCUCCUCCUCCUCUUCUGUCGCUACUUCUCUCGCUCUCCACUUGGUGGUUGUCAUUCCUCUGGCGUCUCCUCUUGGAUAAUUUGCUGUCGAAAUCGAGACUUCUCUGUCUGGUCAACUUAGAACCCAUCACUCCUGAGAGGAUGUGUCGACGGAGUUGGUGGAGGUGUUGGUGGUGGUGAGAGGGUUUUUACAACAUGCAGCCAAAACAUUACACUUAACUUGCAGAGAGAUAUGGCCGAAAUUGUUGUAUAACCUCAGCCAAAUUGUGUAGCAAAGUUUUAAAGCAUGCCCGUUGUAGAAAGCAGCAUCAUAACAAAGUGUGCACGGUCUCGCCGUCGUCCCUUGCUUACAUCCGUCCACGCACUGCCUGGGUACUCUGGCAUCCUUUGCUUUACUCAGAGCUUGUGCGCUCCUCAGCCAAUCAGAUCGUGUUUCUCCUCACAGCCGGAGACUGAGAGGCAUGGAGGAAACUGUUUGCAGCUUACAUUACUUAUUUGACCCCACAGCAGACUGCACAGGUGGUUCAGUUGACGCUUAGUCAAUGAGAGAAAGUAGACUUGUUAAAUCCAUCGUUGUAAAAAGGGUCUUAUGUAACAGUUGCAUAAUGUAGUAUGAAAAUUAAAGAUAGAUAGAUAGAUAGAUAGAUAGAUAGAUAGAUAGAUAGAUAGAUAGAUAGAUAGAUAGUUUUGCAUUUCAUCAAAUAUUCAAAGUCUUCAUAUUAAUUCGCCCACCUCCUCAGGAUCUGGGUUUCAACCUCUGACAUAAUUCUCAUGCAGUGUGGAAUACAUUAAAACUUGGUUCUCUAAGCUCAUCAAAAACUUCACAAAGUUUUGAUUAGUUCAUAACUUGUGUGCUUUUGGGUGUUAAUUUUCUGAAAUUCUGGGGGUAAUUAAUAUGACUUUUGAGUAGGUUGAUAGAGCAUGAGCAGCUUAAUAAAACUCAAACUCCUGCUUUUAAAUUGCAAAAAUGACACACGCACACACGAAUGCACUGUAUAUCAGUCAAAGGAGUUAAUCUGUGGAACAGCUGCAGCAAAGAAAUGAAAACCUGCAGGUAACUAAGCAAGUUCAAACUUAUUUUUAUGAACCACACUCUGAAUGGAAAUAAGAAAGAAAGAGAAACAGAAAUUUAUAACAAUGGGCAACGUCCCACUGAGCAUUUUUUGGUCUAAAGGAGGUCUAAAUGGUCUAAAAUCAGGCUACCACAGGUCUAAAAAUGAACGUUUUUUAGAAGUCUAAAUAUAAACUAAGUCUAAAUCUUUUUGAAAUAAAUAGCAAAUAACGGGUUAAAGUGCAACGUCUAAAUUCGGUCUAAAAAUAUACAGAAUCUGGAUGGUUGAAAUUAGGUGUAAAAACAACUAGACGUCUAAUUGCUGUUUAUUGCUCAGUGGGGUGCCUUUGUUUCUGAUGUAUUUUCUUUCUUCUGUGCUGUUAUUCCUACACAUGCUCUGACUGAUUAUAUUAUAGUAACACAACAAUUAAGGGGUAGGACUAGAUCAGUUUUAUCUACUUCAUCCUACACCCUUUCGAACAAAGUAUGAUUAUGUAUGUUGCUACAGAGCUGUCUCUUUCAUUGUUUUUCUGCCAAAGCACAUUGUACAUUGUAUUUAUUUCGUUUUUCUUUUAACCUGUUCAAAAAACAAAUAAACUAAAACUAAGUUAUUAGGGGUUCAUUAAAUCAGCAAUAGUAUUGAUCAGGUCCUGACAGAUGAGUGAAUAGAGAGAUUUAGUAACAUACCAAAAAACGUGACCGGUAAGCUCUAAAAAUUCAAGAUGAUUUGUCCAGCUUUCAAAAGAAACUAAACAGCAUACGACUUCAAUAGUUUUAUCUCUACCUUGUUGAAAACAAUGCAGGAGUCUACUCCAGGAUGUGUGAGUACACUUUCUCACACCUUCUGUUGUGGUUAGAUGUGCAACAGGCUCUUUUUUUCGCCUGCUGUUUUGUUUCUUUUGUAGAGUAUGACUCUGACUCAGGACUGGAUAACAGAAACCUCUACAGGCUUGAGAAUUUACUGCAGGCACAGGAGUGUUGACAUGAGGGGGGGCUUAAGAGUGAUAAUUUACACAGUAUGCGAUGACAUGCCUGCUUUUCUAUCUUCUUCUGGCUUUUAAAUAGCACUAACUGUCACUGACACAGGGACAUCUUGUUAAAGCAUGUGGUGAAUCUGUGUCCCUGCGGUAGCUAAGUACAGGAGAUAAGUUGGAGCCUAAAGUUUUAAAGCCUAAUCUACUGUCAGCCCUGUGUAAAGUAACAGUGGCAACAAGCUGGAGGCUCACAACCUUCCUCCAACAUAAAACAACCUGCAGUGUAAUUUAGUGUAAUAGGUUGUGUAACCUCCUAGACUAAAGGCAAAGCCAUGGAAACAGUACCAACUAUGCAGUGGAGAAUAGACUAAUGACCGAUGGUUGUCCCCUAACAGUGUGCAUUCCCAUCUUCUACUUAUGUCUCAUAAAAAUGAUGCUAUACGAAACAAUAAACUCGGUCGAGAUAAGAUGUGAUACAAUAUGAUGCAAUAUAAUACCAUACAGGGCAACAUGACGCGGUGAGAUGUGAUACAAUAUGAUAAGACUGAGAUAAGAUUAGAGAAUAUGAGAAACCAUGCAACACCAAACCAUCCCACUGAGCAUAUUUUUUGGUCUAAAAGAGGUCUAAUAGACGUCUAAAUGUAGCCUAGACGACUGGUCUAAAAUCAGGCUACCGUGGGUCUAAAAGUGAUAGUUUUUUUAGACGUCUAAAUUUAGACCAAGUUUAGACCAAGUCUAAAUCUGGGCUAUAUCUAUACUACACUGUAUAAUGCUCAAAGGCGACCAUAAUUAUUUUGGUAAAUACUUGAAGAUCAGUUAUGCAACUCGCUGUAACUUUUUGAAAUAAAUAGUUAUCAAAUAAUGGGUUAAAGUGCAACGUCGGUAUUCGGUGUAGAAAAAUAUACAGAAUCUAAAUGGUUGAAAUCAGGUCUGAAGAAAACUAGACAUCUAAUAGCUGUUUAUUGCUCAGUGGGAUACUAUACCAUACGAUAUUAUAGGAUACAACAUUAAACAAAAUGAGACAGGAGGAUGUGAUAGGAUAUGAUAUAUAUACAUGAUGCAGUUAGAGGUGUAAUACAGAACGGUAUUACACUAUUUGAUCUAAAAUCAUAACAUCAGGAACACAGUUCAAUAAAAUACCAAACUUUUUAUGCAUGCACUAUGUUUUGUAUGAGCUUCUGUUUUGCUUUGGAUGAGCUUCUGUAAACCAUCCCAUGUACCUUCUUUAGUAGUUAGUGAGUGUAGGGUUAGGGUUAGGAUUUCUUGUGGUCCAGGUUUUACCAGCAGAUAAAAGUAAGGCAGUAUUAUAGGACUGUGGCCAAACAGUGUUUGUUAAAUGGUUCAAGUGAAAGCUGGUUUUGUUUGCUGACUGUCCAGACGGGUUAUACUCAGAGGGUUGUUUCAGAUUGAAUCCAUAUAGGGGUGCAAAAAAAUGUGUUUCAAAAUUCAAGGCGACUUUCAAACCCUCGUCCAAAGUAGUACAUGUGGGGAACUCUAGGGUUUUCAGAUCAAAGAUGUUGAGGCUUAUAGCCAAAAGUACUCUCCACUCCUGAGAUUAAGUGAUGUCUCCUGGGUGAUAUCUCUCCUUUUUUGGGCUGAUCUACUUUUCUCUGUCUGAGGGACGCCAGUGUCAGUCAGAUUUUGAGUUUAAAUCCAUUCAAAUUCAUGGUUUGGGGACAGCUGAGGUUCACUAUGUUUCUUAGUUAUCUUGAUUUUUAACAACAGUGUUACAGCAUCAAGCCAAAGUGAAGAGUCUCACUUGGCUAAGGUGUUACAGUGUCUCAGCAAAUAAAAUGAUUUACAGACUUUACAGCCAGUAAGUUGUCAUUGCACCACCAGUGCAGCAUUCCAUAUAUCAUCACACCCUGCCAUCAUGAUCGAGACGACAAGAAAAACACAUUACAAAGCUGCAAUGUAAGGCGAGGAGGAAAACUUUAUUUGCAUUAUGUGCAGAAAAAACAAAAGAAUGUAAAAGUGCGGAAACAUUUAGUUCUGCUUUCACCGGAGAAAAGAAGAAAUCAGCAGAAAACAGCAGCUGGCCUGGCAGAUUUAGUCCAGUGAACACAACUAAAUGUUGUGCUCAGGGUGUCACUUUAGACUACUAAAUGAUACGUACUUCAUGUAUCAUCCUCACUGAUAGCCUUAUAUCCUGAACUUAAAUCUUUCUUACAUAAACCUGAGUUUUCUUAUAAAUCUUUCUAGUUUUAAUGUAACUUAUUCUGCAUGGAUGAACAAAUCUCAGUCUGAUGAAGUAGAAGAGGACUUCCUCGUACUUUCAGUCUUCAAAUUUUGACUUUAUCAGGUUAAAUAGUUAACCCACAUGACAGCAGUGUUUCCACCCAUGCUUUAAAAUACAGCUUUACAGAUAGCUAACCCUGGUGUUUGGUACAGCUGAUAGCCUUCAGACUAUCAGCUGUACAAACAUUUCAUGCUGGUGAUAUCACAGCUGUCACUAAAUAUCCAACACAAGAACCACAUCAAGUAAAGAUAUACUGUACACUGCAUUUGCACAGAUGCCAUUCACUUUCAGCUACAAGAGUUGGCAUUUCAUGUUUUUGUAGAGUUGAAGCAGUGCUUCUAACUGGCUCGAAUCCUCCUGCUUGCAGUGCAGCUAUUUCUAAAUUUAACCCGUAUGAAUAUCAACACUUUUUUGGUGUACCAGAACUGGUCAAUAUUAACAACUUUCUCAGUGAUUCAGGCAUGUAAAAUACACUUCCCAUGCUCCAUUAAUUGGUGUUCAUGUCUUUUUAUAAAGGUAAAGCCAACUUCUUUUGUCAAAAGAGUCCUUCAUUGAAGGCAAGAUGACUUCUUUGCAUCACACAGUGACACUACAGUUAGAUACUUUAGUGUAGUGACUACUUGCUUCUCUACUUAUACCAACUUUAGUAACGGACACAGAGCGGUCUGAGGAGCCAUGAACAAACCUCAAACAAACCCCCACUCUAUAGCCACAAGUAAUGCUCAGAACAACACCUAACUUCAUCAACAGUACAUAUAGGGUCCUAGCCACAGAACUAGCCACCAAACAUCUUUUUAGCUUUGCCUAAUUUCUUCAGCAAAGAGAAUAAACACAACUCACCGACUCUCUUCCAGCAGCCGCUUGUUUGUAGCGAGAACUACCACGUCUGCAGUGCAAAAUGAUUAAUAUGAUGAUUGUUACUUCAAGUAAGAAAUAAUAAAGAAAUGAUCAUAAGUGUUCUUCCUUGAGCUGCGUCACCCUGCUGCAGUCCGUAAUGGACUGGCCUGAGGUCUCACUACAAACAAGCGGCUGCUGGAAGAGAGUAGGUGAGUUGUGUUUAGUUUAGAUGUUUGGUGGCUAGUAGUAUGGCUGGGACUCUAUAUGUACUGUUGAUGAAGUUAGGUGCUGUUCUGAGCAUUAUUUGUGGCUAUAGAGUGGCGUUUUAUUUGAGGUUUGUUUACGGCUCUUUAGACUGCUGUGUAUUGCUAUCCUGCGGUCGUUACUAAAGUUGGUAUAACUUGAGAAGCAAGCGAUCGGCAACAUUCAUCUUUUGAAGAGUCUCUAACUCAGUGUUACGUUGUGUUUGACCCUAAAUUAAUUUUACAACGGAAUAUCCCUUUAAUGUGAUACUGCAUCAAUUUAAAGUUAAAAAAUUGCUUGCUCAGCGUGUUUUUCUACUUACCCCUCCAAAAAAUUAUCUGCAAGCCUGAAUUAUCUGGAACUUAAACAUUACCAUUUGGGUGGAGGUCAAAGUCAAGGCCGUUUCAAAUUGUCUUUAAACGGCUCAAGGCCAUCUGGAACCUAAACAAACGAGACUUUUUUUUUCUUUGGUUAUUUUCUCUGUGAACCAUUUUACUGGUGGGGUAAGGAUUGGGUUAUUACCUGGUUCUGGCAAGAUCAGGGCCUCCAUGUCAAAGCUGAGAAGACAUCUUUUUAGUGCUGGGCUGUUUGUUGAUGUGGUCCCAUGGUGCAGCUCUGCGCCUCUUCACAGUGCACCCCUGCAGUUUGUUCUUAGAGUUCUUCUUCCCCUUGUGGCACAUUUGAUCUUCUCUUUUGCAGCUCAGAAGGUCUUCAUCUUUCUGGUGAGGAGGCUCUUUAAAACUUCAAUAUCUGCCGUACAAAACGCUUUAUUAAUUCAAAGCUGUGUUACAUCAUAGCUGUGGAAAGGUCCCCGGUUUAUGUGAAUGCUGACAACUUAAGAAGUCAAAUGUCAUGUCUUUGAAAUAAACCACCAGCAAACUGAGGCUACUGCUUGUUAAUCUUUGACUCAAAUACAUUUUAGCACCACUGAAGGUGGAAAACAGAGCACCCUGUUAACUGUCAUUGUCUCUCACUUUCAGGGUCACACAAUUGCUCCGAGGUGUUUUCGACAGUGAUUGGGUGCAGAUGACUAAUUAUUUGACUGAUAUAUUGAAUGCCGUCUCAAGUCUUUUCUUCCAUCUCUGCAUUUUUUUUCUUACCCUUUGGUAACACAAGAUAGAUGUUUAUGAUAGGUUGGGUUAAAGUUUAAUGGCUUUGUGGUAGUUACAUAUUCAGAACCGCAGUAAGCCUUCAGCUAGUACUGCAGAUUGUGGCUCACAGGGAGCAGCCUGCUGCUGAGGCCCCCGAAGAAAUCAGGGUAAGACAAAUUAUUUUAUGGAGGCUUUUUUUAAUCAUCCAGGUGGUCUGUUGAAUUAAAAUAAAAUCAAAUUUCUGAUCUGCAAUCAUAGAAUAACUUUGAACUUUGAGAUGUCAAGCCUGCUGACUAUGUACACAAAAUGGUUUGUGUAAUGUUUAUAUAGUCUCCGUUUUGUGCAACUCCAUCAAAUCCCUGUUACGUAAUCUUGAUUUGGUCCUUUGACAGAGCAAAGACUCUGCAUGACAGCAAGCUUUAGGUUUUGGAGAAUAGGGGAGGUAAUGUUCAGCAGAAAUACUGUCUUUUUUUCCCUUUUUCAUUCCUCAUAUUGCCGACUGAAAGCAGAGCCUGGAGGAGACGCUGCAUCAAAGUCAGAUCAACAAAUAUAUAUAUGUAAAAAAAACAAUGUCAUGUCAUGUAUGAUUAAGAUGACUUGACUCUAGCUGUAACUGACCAAAAGAGCCUUAGAUGCUAUUUCAAAAUCCUCCUAUCUUACAUUUAAAAGGUUCAUCAUUUAAAACGCACAUUUCAGAAUUGGUAAUCCAGUCAUUUCAGAGUGUUAUACUGUUUUAUCAACUUACCUUGAACAUUCUGGUUAAGACAGAUUUUCAUUUGAAGCAGUCUGUGCUGUAUGUGAAAGGGAGGAUGAAAUAUUCACUGUUUUAUGAUGUUAAUCUGCAGUUUCACAAGCAGACAGGUUGGAUGUAACUGGAGGUGUAUUGGAUGCAACAAUUUAAAUUGGAGUUCAGGUUGAAGACUGUAAGUUUGAAAUAUGUUGCCUUCUGCUUUUCUCAUCUCUGGUUCGAGGUUUAAUUAGCUGCUACAAGUACGACACAUUUUACAUUCGAGGAGACAGGCUCAGUGCAGAGAGAGAGACAGAGAGAGAGAGUGUGUGUGUGUGUGAGUAAAUAAGUCUUUGAAGCCAAAACUGACUUGACUUUGGACUUACUUCUAUUGAUCAUUUAGAAACUGGUGGGAAACUCAGAAAAAUGGUCACUCUUAGCAAACUACACGACCAGUAAAGCUGCAGCAGUUAGGGAAAAAUUCAGUAAGUUGAAUGAUGUUUUGACUGACAUCUUUAUCUGCAGAGUGAUAGUGAACAAGGUCACAGGAGAAAAGACAAAGCUGCUCCCGCUUGUUAUGUAAUGCUUAUCAGUGAUUAGGAGAACCAUUAAAGUGUGCACAGACGCUGUCCAGCGGAAACUUGUAGCAGCUUAUUCACACUCAUUACUAACGACUGAUCAAACAAUCAAGCUGUACUUCUAUCAGUUUUUAGAUCAUUUGACAGUCAUUACAGUGUACUCAACGCGUAAAAUCAGGUGUGAUCACAUGACACAGCCACUGUUAAGUACCUGUAACUAUUCAGUUAUCCCCGGAUACUAAGAAUCCCUGUUUUACAUGACCUUAUUUCUGGAAAACUGGCCUCUAGUUUUCUGACCUUAUCAAGAAAAAGAAACAAUGACAUGUAAUAUGAAGAAAACAGCCUUUAGGAUUAUUACAAAAAGCAGCUGAUCUUUGUCAUCAAACCUUUGUCUUUAUGACACCAACGCUUGUUCAAGUGUUUUAUAAUAGUCAGAACAGCUUUCUGUAUAUGUUUGUUGGUUUGGGUUUGGGUUGAAUUGCAGUUCUUUGUAGAUGAAACAGAUGAAUUUAAGAUAUAACCAAUGUUUGUUUGUUUUUUGUGUUUGUGUGUGUCUUGACAGGCAGAACAUAAAGACCGUAUUACACCCAAGCUGUCAAAAUGGCAAAGAAGACAAUAAUCAUUGCCCUGGCCUUGUUACUCUUGGCAUCUGUCGCCACUUUUGUGGGUGUUUUCUUUGGUGUUGGAGAAAGGAAGCAAACGAGCGAGCCUGUGUACCAGAAGGCUGCUGUGGCGGCAGAUGCUGGACCAUGUUCUGUGGUCGGCAGGUGAGACACGCCACACACAGAAACAUCCUCCAUGUUAAGAGCGAGGCUGCAAACAGACCCGUGCAUGUGUACAUACUGGUAAAGCAUACAUGCAAAUCCCCGUGAUUUGUGUCUUUGCCAAGUCGAGAUCUUAAAAUAUUCAGUGUGCUGACAAACUAAGCCUCCUCCUCUUUUCUCUCUGUGUGUUUUAAUUAAUUUUACCACAGAGACAUAUUGAAGAAAGGGGGGUCUGCUGUGGAUGCUGCUAUAGCUGCUUUGCUGUGUGUAGGACUCAUGAAUGCUCACAGUAUGGGAAUCGGAGGAGGACUUUUCUUCACCAUUUAUGAUGGAAAAACUGGUACUCCAUUACUUUAACAUAUAUCACCUCCACAAACUUUGACUUUUUAAUUUUCCCACUAAAACACUGAACCUUAUUUGUGUCUCAUUCACAGGGAAGGUUGAGACGAUUGAUGCCAGAGAAACAGCUCCAUACAAUGCAACAGAGAAUAUGUUUGGGAACAGCACAGAUUUAUCCCAGAAAGGUAAUUUUUAACCAGUGCAUGGAAAUUAGCUGUGUUGACUUUAUUAUGAAAGAUGACCUUCAAACAGAGAAAUGUUGGAUGAGACUGAACAGUCCCAGAGUUUUAACAGCCUCAGCUCAUGAGAAAUGUCUGAAUAACAUCUGUCUUACUCGGUUUCCUCGGUUGAUAGGAGGGCUGUCCAUUGCAGUACCAGGAGAGAUCCGAGGUUAUGAGAUGGCACAUCGACGACACGGCAAACUGCCCUGGAAAGACUUGUUCCAGCCCAGUAUUGAAUACGCAGAGAAAGGUUUUCCUCUUGGCAGGGCGCUCGCCACCGCUCUGACAAGACACAAGGAAACAAUCAUUAAGGACCCAGGCCUCUGGUGAGUCUGGGUCAGAGUAUGAGAUAUCUAAUAAAAGCAUAUAUACCCAAGACAGAUAUAGAUACACCACAUACACAGCAUAGAGGAAGUAGAGCCAAGGUGGAAGAGCCUAAAACCUGCUUUUUGAUAAAAAGAGAUCUCCAGUUUGGUUAAAAAAAUAAAGUCCAUUUGCAUGGAUUCAGAUGGAAAAUGGCCCGAAUAAUCAUUGGACUAAUUAUCUUAGUAAACAUCUUCAAGAUGAGUUUAUGCUCUUCAUCCUAAGGUUUGAAUCUUCUUAAACAUGUCGUUCAUUUUGUCAAUCAUGCUUCUACCCACUGAGCAAUAGACGGCUGUUAGACGUUUAGUUUUUUUUAGAUCUAAUUUCAGAUCCUGUAUAUUUUUACACAGAAUUUAGAUGUUUCACUUUAACCCAUUAUUCGAUAACUAUUUAUUCCAAAAAGCAACAGUGAGUUGCAUAACUGAUCUCCAAGUACUUAACCAAAAUACUUAUGAUAGCCAUUGAGCAAUAUACGGUAUAGUAUAGAUACAGCCCAGAUUUAGACUUGGUCUAAACUUGGACGUCUAAAAAACUUUUAUUUUUAGGCCUGUGGUAGCCUGAUUUUACACCAGUCAUCUAGGCUACAUUUAGACGUCUAUUAGACCUCUUUUAGACCAAAAAAUGCUCAGUGGGUAUUUAGAGUAGAAAUUAGGAUGAAACAGGGUUUGGGUGUGCUUGUGGGCUCAACUACCAAUGAUUGACAGGUCACUGCCAUGGCAACCUGUGAACCAGGACAAAAUAACAGCAUUAUGGAUCAACCAUAAAGUCAAAAUAUGUCCAAGUCUGCCUCCAAAAAUCAUUAUGGUGGCACAAAAGGCUUAUCAAAAAAUGACUUCUCCUCUUUAUUUCAGUGAGGUGUUUUGUGGACAAGAAGGUGAUGUUCUUAAAGAAAACGACAUUGUGAAAUUCACCAAGCUAGCAGCUACCUACAAGAAGAUUGCGGAGGAGGGUCCUGAUGCCUUCUACGCUGGAGAACUGGCUCAGAAUCUCGUGGAGGAUAUUCAGGCUGCAGGUAGGUUUUUAAUUCAGCUGUGAUGACAAAAGGGGAUUGACAAAGACUUUCUAUUUUUUUACCAUACAGCUCUGUGGGCAUUCAGACAGGUGGCUACUUACCAAUAAUCCUGUUUAUUUUCUCAAGGGAGGAUUUUCUCUGCCAUUGUUGCUAAGUGUCACUGAUAGUGGAAAUUGUUGUCUCUAUUUGAAUAAAACAACAGACUAUAGUGUAGACCUGUUUUUGCCAGGUGUCCUUAAAUUUACUCGGCCCUGUAUAAACACAGAUCAACUGACCGAUUGAUUUAUUGAUUGAUUGAUUGCAUGUUGGCUGUAGAGAAACAGCUUUAUCUUUGUCUGUCUCAUCAGUUCGACAUCAAAAAAGCAGUGCCAAAUUUAACUGAAUAGACUCACUGAAAUAGCAGAAAGAGCAUGUUUCUAAUUUUGUCAUUUAUUAUAAAAAUGUAGCAUCCUGCACAAUGUUUUCUCACAGUUAAGGAUAUUUUCAUUAUUGCCAGUAGGAUUCUUUCUUAAACCAUAGGUUGAAAGACUUCAGGAUGUGUACUUAAAUAGCACACGUUGCACAGCUAAUUUCCAUGGUAAGCAGGAUUUAAAUUUCCAAUUCUGUCCAAGAACACAUUGACAGUGUGUUUCAAUCUGUGUUUAGGCGGUAUCAUCACAAUGGAGGAUCUGAAGGAUUAUGUGCCUGUCUUGGAUGAGCACCCUUUAAGGGUGAAUGUGGGGGAGUACACCAUGGCUGUUCCCAAUGCCCCCGCUAGCGGCCCUGUGCUCUCGCUGAUAUUAAACAUCUUGAAUGGUAAGCCUUGAUGCUUUGUCCAAAAACACCCUGAGUGGGAGAGGAUGCGCUUUAAUGUGAGCUGCCUUCCCUUUGCCAGUCACUCUCUUAAAAAAGGACUCCGCUGUGAGCAGCAUGUUGAUCCAUUGUGCACUAAACCUGUUCCUAUAAAAAGAUUUGUUGACUUCAAGUUACCUAAGAGUAUCUUGGGCUACUUUUCAAAAAGCAACACCACAUUUUUAUUCAAGCAGUUGCAUGCACACUGUAAUCUGUCCUCCUUUAUAUUAAAUCACAUGUGCAUGCAGCAGCAAUAAAAUCUAUGCAGUUCAUUUCUACGUUAUUGUGCUGUCUCUCCAAGAAACUUCCACCCAGCAGUCAAUGUUGGAGUCAGUUUUAAUAAAUAUGGAUGACUCAGCUUCAUAUACUUAGGCUGCAAAAAACGAAGCCAAAAUAUUAUAGCAAUGGAUGAUCAAUAUGUAUUUUGGAGUAUGUGCAGAGGUGAUCUGGUAGAUAGAGCCACAGGGUCAACAUUACAGAACCUCAAAGAUCACCCUGGUCAUUAAAGGGUUAUUCCAGCGUAAAAUGAAUUUAGGGUCAAACACACCACAACACAGAGUAAGACACCUCCUCAAGAAAUAAAUGUUGCUGACCGCUUGCUUCUCUAGUUAUACCAACUUUAGUAACAACCGCACGAUAGCAAAACACAGCGGUUUGAGGAGCCAUAAGCAAACCUCAACCAGAACACCACUCUAUAGCCACAAAUAAUGCUCAGAACAGCACCUAACUUCAUCAACAGUACAUAUAGGGUCCCAGCCAUAGUACUAGCCACCAAACAUCUUUUUAACUUUGCCUGAUUUCUUCAGCAAAGAGACUAAACACAACUCACCUACUCUCCUCCAGUAGCCGCUUGUUUGUAGCGAGACCUCCACUAGUCCAUUACGGACUGCUGCGGGGUGACGCAGCUCAAGGAAGAACAUUUGUGAUUCUUCAUGGAAAUGCAAUCAGACCGAGACGCUAAGGCAGAAGAAUCAUCGUGUCUGCAGUGCAAAAUGAUUAAUAUGAUGAUUAUUACUUCAAGGAAAUGAUAAAAUAAUGAUCAUUUGGUUGAGCGUGUGGCUCCUCAGACCGCUGUGUAUUGCGGUCGUUACAAAAGUUAGUAUAACUAGAGAAGCAAGCAGUCGGCAACAUUCAUUUCUUGAGGGGGUGUCUAACUUGGUGUUACGGUGUGUUUGACCCUAAAUUGAUUUUACGCUGGUAUAUCCCUUUAAGCUAAAAAUUACCUCCAAAUUGAUAUGGGUAGUGAGGGCUCUCCUCCUCUAUCUCUAUGUAAAUGAUGUUCACAAGAAAAAACAUAUUAUAGCUUGGGAAGAAAACCACCUGAUCUGAUUUACUUGAACAGCUGAAGGCUGAUAUUCGCUUCAGACAACCUGUGGGAUAUGUUUCUUCCCCCUGUACACUGCCACAAUCCAUGAAAUGAUUGACUGGAGUUUCCACUGCUGUUUAAUGAGUGUAAGUUCCACUCAGUCCUGAUGAGAUUUCACACCGACUCAGUGCUUUGUGACUGUCAUGUUACAUCCCUAUCUCCUGGUCCCUGUCAUCCACAGCAUCCUUUGUUUUAAUUGAAGCCAGGAGUGUGAGCUGCCCUGAUGGCUCCUAUUAUAUCUUAUACAGUGUCCUGUGGUAAUUUGUCUGUAUUGAUCUGUUGUUUGGACCUGAUUCAGACAGCCUCUCCAUGUCCAGCCUGAACAAAAUGAAUUUUACAAUCCAGCUUUCAACCAGCAGCAGCCCUUAAGAUGUAUGGUUUUAAAAAAAGGUGUGAUUAUUUUGAUUUCAUACUGACUAAUGUCAUCAACAGCUGUCAUGCAGUUGUAAUAUAUCUUUUACAUUAUGUCACAGGUUGCCCUCAAGAUCAAACGUAUGUGUUAUAAGCAAUGUUCUUUCAUCCAGUAAGUGAUCAAGCUCAGGUUUUAGGCUAACUUUGAAAUAUACAUCGCAUUGAUGUGUUGUUUAAGAUUGAGGAAGUUAUACUUCAAAAGAGUAAAUAUGCUUAUUAAAGUUUUCAGGCUAUUUUUUUUUUCCUUCACAAAUGGCAGAUCAGGAAACGAACAGCAAAAUACAACUUUAUAUGAAACCACAAGAUAUAAAACCACAUGAUAUAAAACAAUCUGAUACUGGACAAUACAAUAAAGUGAGAUGACAUGAUUUAAGAAAAGAUAAGCAGAAGUGUAUUGAUCCCUGAAGGACAACUCAACAAGAUAAGGUACAAUCCAUUAUGAGUUUAUACCGUACAUUACAAUACAAUCAGUAUGAUACUGCAGGAUAGGACAGGAUACAUUGAGCAACGUUAUGGUACAACAUGAUACAGUAACAUUCAAAAUAUUAUGCUGUAGUAUGGUACAAUACAAUAAAACACAGUUUGUUAAAAUAUGAUACAACAUGAUAGGAUAUGAGAAGAUACUAUAUGGUUUGUUAUGACACACUGAGUUAUGUUACUGUAGUUAUGAUAUGAUACAAUACAGCAUGAUGCUAUAAUGCUGUGUUCGAGUAACCUCGGAAGUCAGAUGUUGGAGCUGAAAAUGACGUCACACCGGAGUUACCAGCGCAAGUCCAAAAAAAGGAAAAUCAGAGGUGGAAACAAGAUGGCUACAUCUACAAAAGUUAUUUUAGCGCUUGCCUUGUCCUUGUUAUAUUCCGACAAGGCAAGCGCUAAAAUGACUUUCGUAGAUGUGGCCAUCUUGUUUCUGGCUCCGGUUUUGCUUUCUUUGGACUUACGCUGGUAACUCCGGUGUGACGUCAAUCCAAGCUUGAGCUUCAGACUUCGGAGGUAACUCGACGCAGCAUAAGAAACUAUGCAACUGGAUACAGUGGGCUUUAUUGUUCAUUUAGGUAGAUUUGUCUCGGAUUGAAGUGCUGGUUAGAGACUUGCUCCGCUAAGAGUCUUGAUCAACAGUUGUUUUUGUUUUAAAAAUCCUUAAUUAAGGCGAUUUUUACCAAAAAUGGCCAGCAUUAUCAAGAGAUGAUCCACGCCAAAAACUCAUUUUCAUCAAAAAAUGACUUAGGCCAUUAUUUUAAUAGGGUGAUGAUGUGAGUACAUGGAUGAUUGAUUAAGCUGCAUGACAACAUGUUACCUUUAAAUGAUAUAAAGUAUAUAAUAUCACAACUAAAGUCCACAUUUUACUCUUUUUAAUGGCAAAUAUAAGUUAAAAACUCUGGGAGGGCAACUCUCAACCCUAAGAGUCCAGACAUCACUGCAGUCUGUCUUAAGAGUUGCAGAGUCUAAAGUUAAGGAAGAUGUUGCUUAUCAAAUCAUUGCUGCUUCAGUUUAUUAUCACUGUCAUCAUCUAACCGUCUAUAAUCUCUGUGUAAAACAUUACAAGUUAACUUUAAUUACCAGUCACAGCAGAAAAUGUGAGCAGUCCCUGUAUCAGAGAUUUUCUCUCUGCUGCUUUUGAGUACAGUGACAGUUUCUGCCUCAGAGGAUUAGACGGUAACUUCCCUCUGAAGUAAUUAAUCUCUGCAAACCUUUCCUUUCCUCUGACUGGCCACCCACUCACUGCAGGCUUCUGCCUCACACACACUAACACUAAUCUUACCAAUUUACCUCUAAUUGGACACAGUCGAGUGGCGAGGGCUUCACGCACACAUAUCUGAGGCCGCCUGAAACUUUCAUCCUGCUGAUUUACCGUGACUCCUGUCUCUGUCCGACAGCUGAGACUCAUCAAACUGAAACUCUCUACAUCCCGCAGCCUUCCUCCUCCGCUUUCCCUCUGGCUGUCAACUCAGGCUAAUACCUGUGGUCUGGUAACAGCAGCUUUUAGACUAAGUAAACAUAGGGACAGAUAGGGUCACGUCUGUUUCAGCUGUCUCCUUCUCUACCUGAGCACCAUUUAGGGUUUGUGGUUAAAACUGAUUGUUUUUAGAGUUUUCUGAUUGGCUCAUGGUUGUUGUUUUUUUCUACAGGAUACAACUUGACAGAGGAGAGUGUGGCGAGCACAGAGAAAAAGAUCUUAACUAAUCAUCGCAUUUUGGAGGCUUUUCGGUUUGCCUAUGCAAAGAGGACCUUACUGGGAGAUCCGGAUUUCCUCAACAUCACCAAUGUAAGGAUGUCUUCCUAACAACAACUUUAGGGUUUAAGUUUCUCUUUAGUGGUAGAAGGAUUAUAAUGUAUUUUUUUGUGUUUUUUUAAGCUCAUCCACAAUAUGACUUCAAGUUUCUACGCCGACGAACUCCGUAAGAAGAUCACAGAUGAAACCACACAUCACAUGAACUACUAUGAGCCGGAGUUCUACCUGCCGGAAAACCACGGGACUGCUCACCUGUCUGUGGUAGCUGAAGAUGGAAGCGCCGUGGCCGCCACCAGCACCAUCAACCAAUUGUGAGCCAAUCUAACACUCCAGGACAAAUAGAGUGAAUUAGUCGUGCUCUUUUAACCCUCAUUCAUUUUAUUCGUGUUGUUUCUUUCAGUUUGGGCUCCAAAGUCAUGUCAAGGUCAACAGGGAUUCUUCUCAACAACGAAAUGGACGACUUCAGCUCCCCGCUCAUCACAAACGGCUUUGGAGUGCCCCCUUCACCCAGCAACUUCAUCAGGCCAGGUUAGAUUAAGAUCCACACCCACUUACAGAGGCACUUUCUCAAUCAUUGGACAAAAAUGGAAAAAAUCGAGGGCGCUCUCUUUAUAGAGGUCAUAAUGGCUUUGUCUUCAUGGUAUGGUCAUGUCAACAUUAAAAACACACUUAAAUAUGUUUCUACGUCAAGUCUGCAUAAGGAAGUCGAUGUCAGGGAAACAAUAUUACGAUUUUAUUAUAUGUAAAUUUACUAUCCCAAUAUUACUUUAAAGUAGUUCUCCACCAAAAGGAAAACGGCAGAGUUAUGGCCUGCAGGGGGUGUUUAGACAUGAAACCUCCAGAAGGAGGCGAUAUUUGGACCAUUGAGUUACAUGUAGUGAAUGUUUGUACUAACAUACAUAAAAAGAUACUGAGAAUACCCUACAUAUGUAUGCAUUCAUACACAUAAAUCACAUGUACUCCUCACAAAGAUAACAAAUAAAAGCAACACACAGAAACUACACUUAUCACACUAGCAACAGGAAAUCCUGCAGCGACACUCUGAAGUGGAAUCAUCUGUUUCACAGCGUUUAAGAUCAUGAAACAUGACAAUAAAACUUGAGAAAAUACAUGAGGGUAUAUACUGUCUGGAUAUGCAAAGAAUCUAUUCAUUUAUAAUCAUCUGAUUCUGUUUAAAGGAAAAAGGCCAAUGUCUUCGAUGUGUCCAACUAUCCUCUUCGACAAAACCAACACAGUCAAGAUGGUCGUUGGAGGCUCAGGGGGAACAAAAAUCACAACUUCUAUUGCUCAGGUGAGAUGCCAAACACAAAGGUAAAAAACAAAGAAGACCCUGAUCUGUCUGUAAACUGUAAAGAGAUACCCUUCCUGCCUGUAAAACUAUGUGUUCUUUCUGUAGGUCAUAUUAAACGCGCUGUUCUUCAACUACGAUCUGAAGAAAGCUGUGUCAGAUCCCCGGGUCCACAACCAGCUAACUCCAAACACCACAGUAGCAGAGCCCGGCUUUGACAAAGUGAGUGUCACCAACAGUAAACAAUGCUGAUAUGUGUGACUGAUAGUAGGGCGGUGUGGUGUGCAGAGAAGACAACAAUCCUUCAUCAAAACCCAGGAAACACCAAGCCCUCAUACCUCAGCAGCGGUCAGCACUAGUUCUUUAAAUGUGUCAUGAGAAAUUUACUCAAAAUGGCAAAGAUAUUUUAACAGCACUGGUGAGGUUAGAGUCUAAUCUGAAACCUGGAUAAAAGCAGGCAAAUCUGGGGUUGUUUGCAUUACUUAAGUGCUUCAGGGAAGGCAAAGGAAAACAAAUCCUGACUGGUUCAGAGAAUAAUUUAUGUUUUUUCCUCAGUUUGGAAACCUGAGAACCACUGACACUUCAUAAAGGCCAGUGGCUUGGGGCAGAAAAUAUAAAAUGCCCCCCUCCCUAUGGAGAGUCAAGACCAUGGAUUCAAAGCUGCAUCUGUUUGGUUAUUUAGUUUCCUUGCUGGGAUUUUGCUUCACUAUUUAGGUCUUUUAUGUCUUGUUAAGAUGUGCCAAUUGACUUCCCGAGUAGAAAUAGUAAACGCCCUAAACAGUGAAGUACAAGUGGCUUUUCAAACUGUGCUGAGAUUGACCCAUUUUGCUCACAAGAUAUUCAGUCUCUUUAUUGAACUUAGCUUUAAAGGGAUAUUCCAGUGUAAAAUUAAUUCAGGGUCAAACACACCGUAACACUGGGGACCUAGCCAAAGUACUAGCCACCAAACAUCUUUUUAACUUUGCCUAAUUAGACUAAACACGACUCAUCCACUCUCUCUCAGCAGCUGUUUGUUUGUAGCGAGACCUCAGGCCAGUCCAUUACAGACUACAGCGGGGGACUGAUUAUAAAUGUUCUUCCUUGAGCUGCAUCACCCCGCAGCAGUCUGUAAUGGACUGGCCUGAGGUCUCGCUACAAACAAGCAGCUGCUGGAAGAGAGUAGGUGAGUCGUGUUAAGUCUCUUUGCUAAAGAAAUUAGGUGAAGUUUAGGUGCUGUUCUGAACAUUAUUUGUGGCUAUAGUGGCGUUUUUGUUGAGGUUUGUUUAUGGCUCCUCAGACCGCUGUGUAUUGCUAUCCUGCAGUUGUUGGUAUAACCAGAGAAGCAAGCGGUCGGCAACAUACAUCUCUCAAGGGGAGUGUCUAACUCGGUGUUACAGUGUGUUUGACCCUAAAUUAAUUUUACGCCAGGAUAUCCCUCUGGCUUUAUUUAUAAGUACAUGGUAUUACUUAAGAGAGGUUAAAAGUGUCUGUUUUCUUUCUGAUUAAUGGCAGUAAAGAAACAUUUUUAUACUUUCUGUAAAUCCAAUAAUGAGCAUUCGUCAUACUGUGUAUACGCAGAUUCACUGAGCCAUGCUAUCAUAGAAGAAAUCAACCAUGAACAUAAAACACCAUCUGCUAAGGUUUCAUUGGUUUGAACUGAGUCUAUCUCUUCUUACACGCUCCCAUUCACAGGAAAUCCUGGAUGGAUUGGCGUUGAAGAACCACGAAACAGAGUAUCUCACAUCCACAGGGGCUGUGGUGCAGGCUGUGGUUCGCCACGAUGACGGACUCCACGCUCAAUCGGAUCCCCGCAAGUGGGCGUAUGCCGCAGGCUACUGA